AUGCUAACUACGUCGUCAGUGUUUUUGCGAACUCUUGCAGAAUGCGGGGUAACCCAUGCAUUCGUGAACUGGGGUUCUGAUCAUCCAGCGUUGCUCGAAGAAUUGGAAAGACAGCGAAUCGAGGAUGGGAAGACUUCUCCACUUAUCGUGACGUGUCCGAAUGAAAUGGUCGCACUGAGCUCGGCACAAGGAUAUGCCCAAGUAACUGGGAAGCCAGCGGCGGUUAUUGUGCAUGUCGAUGUGGGCACCCAGGCUUUAGCCGGUGCUAUUCACAAUGUUGACCGUGGGCAGACGCCCGUCCUCAUAUAUGCGGGUGCUUCAGCAUUCACUAGCAACGGAGAAUUGAAAGGAUCAAGGAACGAAUGGAUAAUGUGGAUCCAAGACAUCCCGGACCAGGCAGCAAUAGUACGCCAGUAUAUGCGUUAUACCGCGCAAAUCAAUAGCAGUCACAACGUCGCUGAGGUUGUCAAGCGAUCCUUGCAAAUUGCGACCAGCCAUCCGAAAGGGCCUGUUUACUUGUGGGGCCGCAGAGAAGUUAUGGAGGCCGAAGUCGAUGCCUCUGUUCUGGAAGCCACAGGAAAAGAUCUCCGCCAGUGGCCGUCCGUCGAGGCGACUGCAUUAUCCCCCAAAGCGCUAGCCGCCAUUGCUACAACCCUCAUGACCGCCACGAGUCCUCUUAUCAUCACUUCUUCUCUCGGCCGAAAUGCAGAUGCCGUGGAGCCGUUGCUUGUUCUCUCGACCCUUCUCGCAAUUCCUAUCUUUGUCGCUUGCCCUUCGGUUGUCAGCGUCCCUUUCUCUCAUCCCUUCCUCGCCGGCAUCUCGUACCUCAGCCAGGAUACUUCUAAUAAGCAUCUUGAGAAUGCUGACGCCAUACUUAUUAUCGACUGCGAUUUACCAUGGAUUCCUAUCCUGGCCACACCCAGCAAUGAAUCCCGGGUCUUCGUUGUUUCGGGUGCAGACCCACUCAAAGCAUCGUCCAUCGGCUCAUGGCACGUCGCAGCAGAAAUGAUUUGCCAAGCGGACGCCCAGGUAGCCCUUACACAGAUCGUGGAACGUGUCAGAGAGCUUGAUGAGCAGAGAGGAAGUAUCGGGGAACAAAUUCUUGGGAGCAGGAUUGUGCAGGAGAGAGGGCAACUGCUCAAAGAUGCACAUGCUGCAUGGCUGGACGACUUGGUCGUUCGAGAGCGGGAUUUCUCAGGAGAUCAUUUGACUGUUCCGAACGUCAUUGGGGGACUGAAAAGAGCCAUCGAAUUGCACACACCAACUCGUGGGAUGGAAACGUUGGUCCUAAAUGAGGCCAUAAGCAAUUAUGUAGCCGUAUGGGAGCAUCUACGUCCGGCGGUCCCAGGAAGCGUGCUGACCUCUGGUGGCUCGUCCUUGGGUUGGGCUUUGGGCGCGUCUGUUGGCGCUUACAUGGGAGGCAAGGUGAAAAGUUCUCAGGUCCACGGGGCUCAGCCGUACGAGCUUGUCGUGGCAAUUGUAGGAGACGGAUCGUUCAUGUUUGGUGUUCCUAGUUCUGCCUACUGGAUGGCUCGAAAGUAUGACACACCUUUUCUGACUAUUGUCUUGAACAACGGUGGUUGGAAGUCUCCCAAGCUCUCUAUGAUGGGUGUAUACCCUUCAGGUCUAGGCAGUCGAGCUAUUGGCGAGCGACUCUCUGUAGGCUUCGGCCCGGCAAGCCCAGACUUUUCGCAGAUCGCUGUAGCUGCAUCAGGUGGUUGGGCUUGGGGUAAGCAGGUAGCUGGUAGUGAUGCUACCGCUCUGGAAAGUAUUCUGGCUGAAGCAGUCAAUGUUGUUGUUAAAGAGCGCCGAUGCGCUAUUCUUGAUUGUAUAUUGGAGUCCAUCUGA